AUGGCUACAAGGGUCGCUAGAAGGGUUGACGAUGUGACGGGGGUCGUUCAAAAAGACAAGGGCACCGAUAAGCAGCAGUCUAUAGCACAGUACACGAAAGCUCAGUACUCCAAGGCUGACUGUUUCGAGGCUGCUCUCGACUGCCUCAUUGAUUUGAACUUGCCUAUCAUGACUGUGGACCGCCCAGUCUUUCGCCAUCUCAUGCUAGUCUGCGGCAACGGCCGACUUCAAGAUGGGGACAUCUACCACCGGACCAAGGCGACUUCAAUGAUUGAAGACCGUGCGGACGUAGCGGUCGAAGAACUCAAGGCGCUUUUGAAGAAAGCGCACGCCAAGAAAUCCAUAACCUGGGACCUUUGGACCAGUGCCGACUGUACAUCCUUCGUUGCUGUCACCGUCCACUGGGUGACCAACAAGUUCAAGAUCACAUCUGAUCUCUUGGAGUUCAAGGAGUUGGAAUCAGCUCACACUGGCAGCAACCUUGCCGAGCUUCUGUAUCAACUCGUGAAGGAGUAUGACAUCGCCAAGAGCUUGAUGGUUGUCACGUCGGAUAACGCUUCUGUGAACGACAAGGCGACACGAGAAUUUGCCAACCUCCUUAGCGUUCGCGACAAUGUGCACUACACGGAGGACAGGCUGCGUGGAAGGUGUUUCUCUCACAUCAUUGGGGUCGCUCUCGGUCACAUGCUUGUCGCAAUGAACGCCCUUCCCUCUUUUGAAUUCUCUCCCCUAGUUGACUCUCAUUUCUUCGAGCCCGAGACCUUCGAGGACUUCUUCCCCUUUGGCCAAACGCAAGAGGAGGACACCGAAGUGGACGCUGAAGAGCUUGAGGCUAUCUGGUCGGCUUUAGCGGAGCAUGGUAGUGAGGAGACAGAGAAUAUUGAGCGCGUGGAUGUGGGCAAGCUCUUGGCCAAAAUACGUCAGCUCAUUGUUAAGGUCCGAGGCAGUCCCAACGCUGGAAAAUACUUCGAAAAAUGCUGUGUGGACGCCGACGCUUGUCAGCUCGUUCUCCUGCCCUUUUCUAAGACAAGGUGGGGCUCAAUGUGUACUGUGAUCGAAAGGGUGCUGGUGCUCAGACCUGCCAUAGACCACUUCACCAGCACCGCAGACAAGGCUCGCGACGUUCCCAAGGCCGGGCCCAAACGCCAGAUGUAUCGUGACUUCACCAUAUCUGAUUGCGAGUAUCAGGUGCUCGAGAUGUUGAGGAAGAUCAUGAGACCUGGUGUUGACAUCCAGCAGAUCUUCGGCGCUCAAGAUCAUCCAAGUAUUGGGCUUGUGAUGAUCGAACUGAGCAAACUGAUCGAGACGUGGGAGCGGAUGUCCGAGUCGUUCACCAACUUUAGCAUCCAACCUGCCAUUCAAGCAGGGAUCAAUAGCAUAAAAAAGUAUUACAAGAAUGCUAUCAUUGCGGGUGUACCGGUCUUCGCCCUUUUCCUACACCCUGCAUUCAAGGACAUCUGGUCCAUGGUCCAUCUCGGUGCUGAGACGCACGAGGAGUUGCUUCAGGCUUUCACAGAGGAGGCGCGGUGGACCAGGUCGCUCGAGAGUCGAGACUGUACGUUUCGCCGCUAUCGGAAGAUCUACGCCACCACUUCUACCACAUCUUCCCCCGCCACGCCUACCAUCGACACAGAUCUUCCUGCCAUGAGCGCCUCCCAGAUGAAGAUGCACAAGUUGAAGAUGGAGAGGAAGAGGAGGGCGGAAGAGUUGGCGCGAUCGGAAGCUGGAGAUCCCGAGCUUACCGAACUCACCGACUACUUCAAGCUUCUUGAGGAAGAACCCGUGGUUCCGAAGGGUGUCCAGCGACACGAAUUCGUCUCUGAGUGGAUCUUGACGUGGUGGUAUAAAAAGCAGACGAUAUACCCGGUGCUCUCCAAGAUGGCUCGUGACAUCUGGGGUGUGCAAGCCUCUUCGGUGCCUUGCAAGCGGAUGUUCUCUCAGGCUGGCUUGGCUGAUACCAAGAGGCGCCAGUCCAUGACCCCCAAGCAUUCUGGUCAGCUACAGCGCCUCCAGGCCCAUGCCAAGGUAGUCAAAGAGGUCGCCACGAAGCGUAGUGCCUAG